AUGAGUCACUCAGGAGGAGCUAUGAAGCUGAUGAUGGUGAUGAUGGCCAUGGCACUGCUCACCACAAGCCAUGGCAUUGGCAUCCACAUCAACACCAGCGUCAUCACCGGUGGCCACUCUGCCUCCCAGUGCAACGGCCUCACCGACACGGCGUGCCGGAUUGCACACUCGGAGUUGGACUUUGACUUGGAGUUCAUGUUGGACUCGGAAUUCAGCAUAAGGCUCCUCCAGACAAAUGACCCUCAUCUUUCUCAGGAGGCGUUGGUUUCAACGAAUGCUGUGUCCUGUAACCAACCAGAGAAUCCAAAUGGCUGCCAUGGCACGGCAAACAACAGACCCAUUUCAGACCACUGCAAGACGGAACCCACCAAUAGGAGUUGCCACAAAAUUCCCCCCCAAUAA